AUGACUCGUUCGUUGGUCUCCGAUUUCUGGAUGCGGCCAUGGGCGAUGACCUCUUUUCCUCGUCGACGCUUCCAACAAACGCGUCCCUCUUUCUCUACUGAACGAGAAGACCAGAAACUAGUAAAAACGAGUACUAAGCGACGGAUUGCAAUGGCAAUCGAAAAAAUGAAUGGACACGGCGAUAGCGUUGGCACGUAUGUCUCUGAACAAGGCGUUCCGAUGCAAGUUGUCGUGCCAUUCGGCGCUCCUGGUGAUGAACUUGAGGUUGACAUAUGGGACCGUGACGUCCAGUCUCGAGAGAAAUGGGUUGAUGAUGCCAAGCCUCGAAGCUCCUGGCCACUUUUUGGGCAACAAAGUGACGUGCUGAAGCCCAGUGACCAUCGAGUGCUUCCGAAGUGUAGCAAGUACUUUGGUAUCUGCGGUGGCUGCAAACUGCAGCACGUGAGCUACGACCAGCAACUUCGAGAAAAACAAAACUGGAUUCGUGAACUUUUUGCGUCAAGGAACCAUUCGCCAGAUAUGGAGAGUCGUGCUAUUCUAGGCGUUGAGACUGACGGUGGUGAUGACAUUCGCGUGUACCAUUACCGCAACAAGAUGGAAUUCACUUGCAGCACCGGUCGCUGGCUGUUGGAAGAAGAUGAGCCUGCAGAUGAUGACAGGGCGUUGUCUGUUACUUCUCGCUAUCCAUUCACGGUUGGCAUGUUUCCCAUAAUGUCGGUCAGUGCUCGUCGAUCCAAGCAGAUCCAUGGCAAGAGUAAAGCACGGGGACGUCGUGCUGCUGUGUGGCGCCCUAGAAUUUUGUCGCUCAAGGAAUGUCUGUUGCAAUCUUCAGCUUGCAACAAGCUGCUCCAGCAGCUUGUGUCCAGGUGCGAGGGCGCAGGCUUACAGGCUUAUGAUUUUAACACACACGAAGGACAUCUCAAGCAGAUUGUGUUGCGUCGUGGUCUUAACCGUCAAGGUCGGACAGAGGUCAUGUUAGGACUUGUCACCACGACAUUUUCGGGAGAACAGAGCGAGCUUUUGCAACACAUCGUGCGCGACCUCGUCCAAGAUCAGGAAAAGGACCUGCACGCUGAGAAUGCAGAUGAUUCACGGCUUGUGUCGGUUGUGGAAAGUCUUGAUGGUGAAGCUCAGCGCCAUCGACGCAAAAGAGAGCGUGCUGCUUCUGAAAGUACAACGGAAGAGGUUAUCUCGGAGCGAGUUCUUUACGGCAGCUCACAUUUGGAAGACACCAUCCUUGGUCACACCUUCAAGAUCUCGUUCGACUCAUUUUUCCAGCCAAACUCAGCCCAAGCAAGCGUGCUUUACCACGAGAUUCAGAUCAUGAUCAAAUCACUGCCCGAAAAACCUGUGGUAUGGGACCUCUUUUGCGGUGUGGGUAGCAUCGGCAUUUGCAUGGGGGCACAUGCUAAAAGAGUUGUAGGAUUUGAACUCGUGGAAGCGGCUGUGGAGCGCGCCAAAGCUAACGCGCAGUUGAAUGGAUAUAGCCGCGAUCACAUGCAAUUCUUUUGCAUCGACUUGACCAAGAAUUGGCAGGAAGAGGAACUUCGAGCCAAGAUUCGUUCCAGCUCGGAUGAUCUGUCGUCUGAGUUUCCCGAUGUGGUGAUCGUCGACCCCCCACGAGCAGGACUGCACAAGAAGCUGAUCAAGAUGCUGCGACGCAUGGCUCCUCGCUACAUUUGCUAUGUGUCGUGCAAUCCGCACUCGCAAGCUCUUGACCUCGAAGAGAUUUGUGCCCAUGCGAAGCCUGAAAAAGGAGAACUCGGGACUUACCGCGUGCGACAUCUACAGCCAGUCGACAUGCUUCCCCACACCCCUCACGUCGAAACGAUCGCGUGGCUGGAACGUCGCGAGUAG